UAAUGCGUAAGGAAUCAUAAUUAACGCAUAAUUAAUGCAUUCUUCAAAUUAAUUUCAAAGGAACCACGGUCAUUGUACUUCUAUUGCUAGCUACAGGUAGCUAGCUUAAACUAGAUGGAAGGGCAGCGUUCAGACACAGGUACAGACAACGCUGAGGUCGAGGAGCCUCGCAUCAUCUUCAAGGACAACCAAGGUACUGGGUCCAGUUGCUGUGUGCAUGAAGCUGAGGAUGGACUGAUCACAAUAGGAGUGUGUGCAAUGAACAAAAAGACACUAGCCAAGCCGAUGCAGAACAUUCUCCGUCGUCUAGCCUCUCAUCAGUCUAUUGAGAUUCAGAUCUUCAGUGAUGAAGUGAUCCUGCACCAGCCAGUGGACGAGUGGCCAGUAGUGGACUGUCUGGUUGCAUUCUACUCUGAUGGCUUCCCUCUAGACAAGGCCAUUGCCUACGUGGACCUGCGUCAGCCCAUGGUGGUCAACGACCUUCAGGAGCAGUACACCCUCAUGGACAGACAACAGGUGUACGAGACCCUCAUCAAGAACGGAGUGGAGGUACCCAAACACGUGGUCCUCAACAGGGGCGGUGCUGAAAAGGAAAUAGAGAUUGUUGAGAAUGAUGAUGUAAUUGAAGUAGGUGGUCAAGUGUUCCACAAACCGUUUGUUGAGAAGCCAGUCUCUGCUGAGGACCACAAUAUCUACAUCUACUUCCCCUCUGACUAUGGUGGAGGAUCUCAGAGGCUCUUCAGGAAGACAAAAACCAGCAACAGUGCCUACUCGAAGGAGAGCUCUGUGCGAAAGGACGGGUCGUACAUCUAUGAGGAGUUUCUGGCCACUGACGGAACUGACGUCAAAGUUCAUGCUGUUGGACCAGAUUAUGCCUUUGCAGAUGCCAGAAAGUCACCGGUAUUUGGUGGAACGGUGGACAGAAAUUCUAAUGGAAAGGAGACUAGGUAUCCAAUUGUGUUGACCAAUGAAGAGAAACUUAUCGUAAAGAAAGUAUGCCUGGCUUUCAAGCAAACAGUGUGUGGGUUUGACCUCCUGAGGGCCAAUGGGAAGAGCUACGUGUGUGACGUCAAUGGAUUCAGUGUAGCUAAGAACUCUGAGAAGUACUACGAUGACUGUGCUCAGAUCUUGCUGGAGAUGGUGACAGCUCAACUGGCCCCUCAUCUCUUCCCUCGUACUCCACCCUCCGUCGAGUAUAAUACUGUCAACACUAACGUAUCUGAGACAGAAAUGAAGAGGUAUUUGUGUGACCCUGCUACAAUGGAAGGGAAACUUUGCUGUACAACAUCUGGGUGUGUGAAUGAUUGUAACCAUGCCAACCAGUACUGUGUAAAGAUGAAUGGACUGAAACCCUGUAGCUGUGAAAGAGCUUCAAACCGUGUCCUAUUAGUUCCCAGAUUAAAGUUGGAUUUAACGGUUAUCACGGAUGCUGUUGCACUCCCCUAUGCCACCACCAGACACAACCUCCAGAGCCCCAAGCUAGGAACCAUCUCACCGAUUAUAUAAUAAGCUAGUAUUAUUAUUUAUACCCUAUUAUUAUGGCCCAACCACCAACAGAUUUCAAUUAUUUUUUUGAAGAUUAUAUAAUUAUAUAUUUUUUUUGAAGACUUGUAUAAAA